AUGGCGAUCGAAGACGACGAAGACGUUUGCGUCUCCUGCUGCGUUUGUGGCUGCAACUGCAUCACUACUUGUAUCUGUCUUUUCGUAGCAGUGAUCCUAAAUAUAAUCGGUCUCGUUUGCAUAGCAUCACUUCUCGUCUGGAUGAUGCUCCGAUCCAACGCCGUGAAAUUUCAAGUCCACGACGCGGUGAUAACGCGAUUCGACCUCGAAAACGCCAGCAACAGCAACCUCCAUUACAACAUCUCUCUGAAUUUCGCCAUCCGAAACUCCAACAGUCACAUCGGAAUCCACUACGAUGAACUUGAAGCCAUGGUUUACUACAGUGGUCAGCGAUUAGCAUCCGUCUCCGUGCCGUCGUUCUACCAAGGCCACAAGAGCACGAAGGCUCUCCAAACAGUGUUCCAAGGCCAACACCUAGUUUUGCUCAGUGAACACGGUCUUGCGAAAUUUGAAGAUGGUAAGAAACUUGGGGUUUACGAAAUCGAUGUGAAGCUGCGGAUUAAAUCUAGGGUUUUGUUUUUGCAUCUAGUCACAUGGCCGAUGAAGCCAACAGUACGGUGCCGUCUCAAGGUGCCACUGGAUUCUUCCUCUAAAUCAUCCGGAGGGUUUGACUUUCAGUCAACCAAGUGCCACCUCAAAUUCUGA